AUGAACUCAAAAAAAAACGAUGUGUUUAGUUUAACAAGGCCUCAACUAUGCUAAUAUCAUAAUAAAAAACUCUAAUUAGUGUGCUCUGACCCUGGAUGUGAGGAUCAUGGAUUGAUUUGCAUUGAUUGCCUAGUUUAAAACCAUUAAGAUUGCAAAGGUUAUAUUAAGAAAUAUGAUGAAUUUCUGUAGUCUUUGUAUAAAGAAAUAGAAAGAGUUCAAUGUAUAAAGGAGAAAAGGUUUUAAGAUGCAUAAUCUAUUCUACUAAGUUUAGGGAAGUUAUAGCAAAAAUUUAAUGAUAUCAUUUUAACUCUGUAAUUAAAUAUUGAAACUUUCCUAUAAGAAUUCAACUAAGAGGAUGACAACCAAAUAAUGAUAAAGAAAUUGUUUUAGCCUAAUUUUGAAGGUGAAAAUGAAUCAAUAAAAAACAUAAUAUAAAAUCUAGGCAAGCUUUCUUUUAAAGAACAGGAAUUUCCAUGGGUGUCUUAAGGUAUAUAAAUUGUCGAAGACCUCUCUAAAAUUUUAUAAGGCAUGAAGAAUUUGGAAUUUGUAGAAUAAAAAUAGCCUAUAGUUUCUUCAAAAUAUUAAAAAGUAAAGGGAAUAGAUGAUUUAAAAGGAAUAACUAAUAACAUUCCAAAACUUCGAAUAGUAUUAUAAGAAAAUAAUUGGGCAGGUAUAAGGAAUACAUUUCCAAAAUUUGUUGCUUUAAAUAAUUUAUAAAUUACUGCUGUCAAAUCCCCUUUAAAAGCUCAAGUUUUAGAAGAAAUAAUUAGCGCAAUGUAGUACUUGCCUAGAUUAGAAAAAGUUAAGAUAAACCUGAUUGGUUCAAAUGCAAAUGAUUCAACAUUAAGAUUGAUUCUAAAAAUCAUCACUAGUAAAAGCUUGUCCGAAUUCGGAAUUUCUUUUGGAUAUAGUUAAAUUUUAUCAGAUGAAUUUAUUAGAUAAAUAAAUUAGUUUAAAGAAUAACUGAAAGGAAUAUAGAAGAUAUAUAUUAGUAAUCAGCUACAUGAAUUUACGGAGAAGUAACAAAAGUUGCUUAAAUCAUACAUAAGUUAAAUUGAAUUUAUCAUGUGAAGACAAUAUGUGUAUUAAUUAUAGA